AUGAAGGCCGUCUUUAUCACUACGGUUGCCCUUGCGGCUCUUGCCUGGGCAGCUCCUCUUUCAAAGAGACAAUGCUUUGUCGAUGAACAUGGCGUACAAGGCUGCAUCGACAACCCAAUCUGUACUAUCCAUGACGAUGGAUCAGUGAGCUGUAUAUCGAAGCGGGACAAUAUCCAGAAGAGACAAUGCUACGUCUCCAAAGACGGCGUGCAGUCUUGCAUCGACAACCCUCAGUGCCACAAAAACGAGGAUGGGAGCGUAUACUGCGUUUCGAAGAUCAAGCGAAGCGAGAGCGUGACUAUGGAAGAGAGAGAUGCACUGCCCACGAACGAGAAGAGACAGUGCAAUUUUGACGAGGAAGGUGACCCGGAUUGCGUUGAGACGCCAACAUGCGACCCCAAGGAGGACGGCUCGCAGGCUUGCGUUUUGUGA